UGAUGAGCAGCCUACAUGAGCCCUUGAUGGUCAACUUGAGCGAGAUAAAGGUUACCGAUAUCAUAUCCACCACAAUCAACAUCAUACACAUCUACCAUGGCUACUAGAAAGAAGGUCCUGCUCAAGGUCAUCAUUCUCGGCGAUUCAGGGGUCGGAAAGACGUCGUUGAUGAACCAAUAUGUCAACAAGCGAUUCUCGAACCAGUACAAGGCUACUAUCGGCGCCGACUUUCUCACCCGAGAGCUCGUCGUCGACGACCGAGUCGUGACCAUGCAACUCUGGGACACGGCCGGUCAAGAACGUUUCCAAUCCCUCGGCGUGGCCUUUUACCGAGGAGCGGACUGUUGCGUCCUUGUGUACGAUGUGAAUUCGAGCAAGAGUUUCGAGGCGCUCGACGGGUGGAGGGACGAGUUCUUGAUCCAGGCCAGCCCGCACGACCCGGAAAACUUUCCCUUUGUCGUCCUGGGUAACAAGAUCGACAUGGAAGAUUCGAAACGCAUGGUCUCCCAGAAACGGGCCAUGACGUGGUGUCAGUCCAAGGGAAACAUCCCGUACUUUGAGACUUCGGCCAAGGAGGCGAUCAACGUCGAACAGGCGUUCCAGACGAUCGCCAAGAACGCUUUGCAGCAAGAGGCAGAGGUCGAGCUAUAUGCCGACUACCCGGAUCCGAUCAAGAUCGAUGCCGAGAACCAGCAGGGAUACGGAGGUUGUUCCUGUUAGACUCCUCCCCGCGUUCCCUUUUUCCCUCUCAGAUUCGCCUUACCGACACCCUCUCCAUCACCCAACGGACCGCCUGUGCCACUCCUAGCCUGUGUGUGUGUGGAUCCACCGAGCCAACCAUUUUUACCCUCGUAAUCGAAUUGCUAUGUGUUUUUAUUUGUAUUGACCUUUCUAAAUGUUUCUCGUGUUCCCCCCUUUGCCAGCUGUAUGUUGGCAUGUGAUGACCAGAUACAGAAUAACGUCUUUUGAAA